AUGUACAAUGUCAUAGUUGUCGGGGCAGGCUGGUAUGGCCUAGCUGCCGCUAGAGCGUACAUUCAGGACCACCCCAACGAUAACGUCCUUGUUAUUGAGGCCGAGAGCACUUGUGGUAGCACCUGGUCAAAUAACAGGCUGUAUCCUGGUUUGAAGUCCAAUAACCUAUGGGGAUCCUAUGAAUACCCUGAGUUUCCCAUGCUGGAGGAAGUUUAUGGCGUUACAGAGGGCCAACAUAUUCCUGCUGCUGUCCUCCAUCGGUGCUUGACAGACUUUGCAAAGAAGUUUGGAGUCUUCGAAAAGACUCGCUUCGAUACUAAAGUUACAUCAGUAGAGUCCACGUCGACUGAAACGUGGAAGAUCAGUGUAACUUCAAGUGAAUUCAACGGUGGAGAUGAGGUGUUGGAGACAGAAAAGCUCAUCUUGACCACCGGACAAGAGACUUUUACCCCCAGACUUCUCCACGCGAAGGAGUUUUGCGUGAAUGCAGAUACUGUCAACACCUGCAAGAAGGCGGUUGUAGUUGGCGCCGUCAAGUCUGCUUUUGACUGCGCCUACGCUUACGCCCCAUCUGAGGGAAGCGUACAGGUGGAUCUGAUCAUUCGGGCGACUGGUGACGUGCCCGUCUGGCUGUGCCCGCCUUAUAUUACGCCGUUUCUCCAGAAGAUGGAAGGUCUUCUUUGCACACGUGCGUUGACGUGGUUCAAUCCCUGCCCUUGGGGCGCCGAGGAAGGCUACGGGAUAGUUCGCCGUUUCCUGCACAACACCGGCAUCGGCAACUUCAUUGUCAACGACUUUUGGAACGUACUCAGCAUGGACGUUGUAAAUGCUCAUGGCUACAACGACCAUCCCGAAGUCUUCAAGCUUAAGCCCUGGCAGAGCCCCAUGUGGACAGGCAGUGGUGUUGGAAUACACAAUUACGAAACCAACUUCUACGACCUUGUAAGGCAAGGAAAGAUCCGCGUUCAUUUGGCCGAUAUUUUACGUCCUGAUGGCGCGACAGUAAAUCUUACCAACGGCGAAGUCAUCGAAACAGACAUUGUCCUGUGUGCAAUGGGCUGGAGGAAAGAGCCCUCCCUCGAAUUCAUCAAAUUCGACAGAGGUUUGAAGCAGCAGAAUCUAGAGAGGGAGAGACUGAUCAACGAUGCGAACGUGGAGAUACGCUCUAUGUUCCCAAUGCUGAAUGACCAACCUGUGCUGCGGCGAGAGCAGCCAAAGGGCGAGCCGCUCCACAACUAUCGGUUUAUCGUUCCGAGCCAGUCGGUAUUCAAGAAGAACAUUGCUUAUGCUGGCAUGGUCAGCACCGUUUUUACUUCUGUAUUUGCCAGUGUUCAAGGCCUCUGGAUCUCGGCGUACUUUGAUGGAAAGCUGCAGCGAGCACUAAAAUCGGAGGUAGAUGUAACGAAGGAGGUCAUGUUGCAUACGCAGUUUGGGAGAUGGCGAUACCCUUGUGGCUAUGGUGCGAGUCUGCCUGACUUUGCCUUCGAUUCGGUGCCGUAUGUCGACUUGCUCCUCAACGACCUUGGCCUCAAGGCUCACAGAAAGACAUCCACUAUUGUUGACCUAGUUGAGGCAUACAAGCCGGCCGACUACGCGGGAGUUGCGCAGGAGUGGGAAAAUAAGCAGUGA